CCGCUGCCAGCGUCGGGGCGGGGCCGCCCGCUCUCGGGCCCCGGGGGGGCGGCAGCUCCCGGCCAGGGGCAGAUGGAGGCCAGCGGCGCGAGGAGCCCGAGCACCCAUGCCCGAGUAAGUACUGCACUAAUAAGCCUGGCUAAAUACUGAAGUGUACCCAGAGUGGAGGAAGGCACAGCAAAGUGCUCACCGCUGUGGAAUAGGCAGGAACUGGGAGGCUGCUCCAUGGGCAUGGAAACACGGCUGACAAGGCAGCUCACAGGCAGCAGGCAGCCAAUUCCUGCAGAAAGCUAAGAACAAGUAGUUACUGUUGCUGGAGGUGUAACAGUAGGGAUUCUUCUAUUUGCUCUCAUCGGAAUAACUGCAUACUUGCUCUGGAAGAGGUUUUGCCUCAUUUAUUCUUAUGAAGAGCUCCCUAAUCCUGCCAAAACAACAUCUGUGAAUGCCAUUUUGCAAGAUCAGACAUCUGAAAUUCAACCAAAAAGCACAAGAAGAAUCAGUAGCUGUUGAUGUCUUGAGCAGAUCCAAAAGCGUUCCGUUUAUAAUUCCACCAACACUGCAUGGGCGAGACUGGAUUAACCUGACAAAUGAAGAACAAAUUCAGGAAGACAAUAACUCCUGCAUGAUUCCCCAGUCUGGGCCACGGUCAUCAUUUCAUUCUUUGGCUGGAGCUUACAUUGUAGGGACCAUUAACCCAGAGCUGUACAAGUUUCCUGAAGAUAAGAGUGAGACCGAUUUUCCUGAAGGCAACAUUGGCCGUCUCUGGUUCUCUAUAGAAUAUAAGCAAGCAUCAGAAAGGCUCCUCAUCUCCUUGAUAAAAGCCAGGAAGUUGCAGCCUCCUGCUGAUUCCUGCAGUCCGUUUGUGAAAAUCUACUUGCUGCCUGAUGAAAGACGCUACUUGCAGUCUAAAAUAAAGCGUAAAACCCUUAAUCCACAGUUUGAUGAAAGCUUUGUUUUCCAGGUUUCCAGUAAAACGUUGCUUCAGAGGACUCUCAAAUUUUUGGUUUAUCAUGUUGAUAAGCAGAAGCAUCACCAUCUCCUAGGCCAAGUCAUCUUCCCACUGAAAAACGAAACAUUAACUGAUGAUAGCAAAGUAGUCAUAUGGAGAGAUUUGGAGAAAGAAAACUUGGAGACUCCCUCAGAGUACGGCGAUAUCCAGUUCUCCCUCAGCUACAAUGACUGCCUGGGUCGUCUCACUGUAGUGGUUCUGAGGGCAAGGGGAUUAAAGCUUCAGGAUGAGAGCCGUGCUGUCAGUGUGUACGUCAAGGUCUCACUGAUGAACCAUAAUAACUUGGUCAGAAGUAAAAAGACAGCAGCUGUUCUGGGAUCUCCCAAUCCAGUGUACAAUGAAUCCUUUAGUUUCAAGGCAAAUCAGACAGAGCUGGAUACAACAAGCCUGAGUCUAUCUGUGCUCCAGAAUACCGAACAACAAAAAACACAUGUGCUGGGGCGUGUCAUAGUUGGGCCAUUCAUGUACAGUCGGGGCAAAGAACUAGAACACUGGAAUGAAAUGAUCAGCAAGCCUAAGGAGCUGGUUAAACAAUGGCAUGCUCUCUGCUACAGCACUUAAACAGCAUCACUACAUGGACAAAAAACACAUGUAAGAUGGAGAAACUCUCACUGCCCUUCAUAACCUAGUGAUAAAGGGUACAAAAUUUCUGAACAGUUAACACUCCUAAGUAGACAGGAAUAAAAGAAAAAAAGUAUAUUCUUUCUUACUCUAAACACAGAAAAUCAGAAGACGACUUGGUCCCUGGUAGUCCGGAACCCAACCCCAACUUGUCCUUGUAUGUCUCCCUAGAUAUAUCUCUCCUGGAAACAGAGCAUGGAUUAAGGUUUGACCUAGUAUGGACACACUUACACUGAAAACUCAGUCAAUUAGUGGAAGCCCUUAGAAUGCCCUUAGAAUGUAUGUUUGUUUUAGUGGUAGUUUUCUGCACUAAUUAAAUUACUGUUCGGUAAAGUAAUUCAAUUACUUUCAAUCAAAAUAAAUACAAUUCUUUUACUGACUAUUCACUGGGGACCUGAUCUUCACACCUUUUACACACUACAGUCAUAAACCAGAUAGGCUACUGCAGACAAACAUUUUGUACAAUUUCGUACAAUUAUGUUCCAAGAGGACCAUAAUUUCUGAAACUGAAAUAAACUCAAUUCCUUUCAAACGGGAUAUUAUGUUAAUUCAAUAUAAAAAAGCACUUUCCAUUUCUCACUGUCUAAAGGAAAAUACAGUGAAUGAAAAUGUAUGAGAGGAACUGAUAGAAUACUCCUCUUCACCUGAUCCCCCAUUUGAAAUGUUAAAUGGUAUCCCUCAGUCUGUCUUGCUAACUAUGUCACUGGAUAUAAGAGUCUGCAGUUGUUAGAAUUUAGUCAAGAAUUAAAAGAUUGUAUCUCCAUUAAAUGAAUACUGCCCCAAGCCCAAAUUUAACUACAAAACCACUGAAAGCUUAUCCAGUAUGCAGUGUGCUUGAUCUAGGAAGGAAAGUUGUAUAUAUAUAUAUAUAUACAUACAUAUAUAUAUAUACACACACACACAAAAUGCUAGUUGUAUUACUACAAUAAAGCGAUUUUACCAAAACUAUUGUCUUUUUAUGAUUCAAAUAAUACCAAUAAUUUUUAAAACAUUAAAAGAACUAUUAAAGUUACUCCAGGCAGUUAUGCUUACUAGUUUGUGCAGGAAGAUGCAUGUAACCUACAGUGCCAAUUAACAUAAAUAUCUCUAAAGUGAGAAAUAAUGGGCUUUUGGUCACGUAUCUGACUUAAUAUACAGCAUGCUCCAAGUAAUAAAAUAAUGUGUUGCACUAA